UCAACCUUUCAGUUAGUAGUCAAGCAGUUAACCAGUUGCACCACCCAGGGACUCCUUUUAUAGUAAAUAUUAUGAAAAUAAAUUAUGAUGUAUAAUAAUAAACAUCCGUGAACCUACCACCCAACUUAUGAAAUAGAGCAUUCAUUCUGAGUGCUGAGAAGGCUCCCUGUAUGUUCCUUAUCAAUCUCAUUUUCCCUUUUGCCCCCAGGAUAGGAUUCCCUAUUCUGGAUAUUUUUUAUCCUCUUGAUUUUCUUUAAAUCUUUAUCACAUUUGUGUCUUUAAGUAAUACACUAUUUAGUUUUGCUUAUUUUCAAACUUUAUAUAAGUGGAUUCAUACUGUAUAUUCUGUGACUUGCUUUUUUCAUUUACUAUCCAAGUAUUAUUGUUGGCUUCCGUCAAGUUGGCUGCAACUGAUGGCGACCCUGUGAUAACAGAAUGAAAUAUUACCCGAUCCUGUACCGUCUUCACGAUUGUUGCGGAGUUAGUUACAAAACUUUAUGAGGCAGCUGUGAAGAAAGUUCCCAACAGUGAGGAGUAUCACUCUCACCUCUUCAUGGCCUAUGCCAGAGUAGGCGAAUAUAAGAAAAUGCAACAGGCUGGCAUGGCUCUAUAUAAGAUUGUCCCCAAAAACCCUUACUACUUUUGGUCUGUGAUGAGCUUAAUUAUGCAAUCUAUAUCGGCACAGGAUGAGAACCUUUCAAAAAUGAUGUUUCUGCCCCUUGCUGAGAGAAUGGUAGAAAAAAUGGUGAAAGAGGACAAGAUUGAAGCUGAGGCUGAAGUUGAACUUUAUUAUAUGAUCCUGGAACGUUUGGGAAAGUACCAGGAAGCCUUGGACGUCAUCAGAGGGAAGUUAGGAGAGAAGCUGACAAGUGAGAUUCAGAGUCGGGAAAAUAAGUGCAUGGCUAUGUACAAGAAGCUGAGCAGGUGGCCAGAGUGCAAUGCCCUUUCCCGGCGCCUCUUACUGAAAAACUCAGAUGACUGGCAGUUCUAUCUGACUUAUUUCGAUUCUGUCUUUCGACUGAUUGAAGAGGCCUGGACUCCUCCUGCUGAAGGUGAACACUCGUUAGAAGGAGAAGUACAUUAUUCUACAGAAGAAGCUGUGAAGUUUAUAGAAGAUCGGAUAACAGAAGAAUCUAAAAGUUCUCGCCAUCUUCGAGGGCCCCAUCUAGCUAAAUUGGAGUUGAUAAGGCGUUUACGACGUCAAGGUUGUAAUGAUGAGUACAAACUGGGUGAUCCAGAAGAAUUAAUGUUUCAGUAUUUUAAAAAGUUUGGGGAUAAACCUUGUUGUUUUACAGACCUCAAGGUGUUUGUUGAUCUCUUGCCUGCUACACAGUGUACAAAGUUCAUCAAUCAGUUACUCGGAGUUGUUCCUUUGUCGACACCAACAGAGGAUAAGCUGGCACUGCCUGCUGACAUCAAAGCUCUGCAGCAGCAUUUGUGUGUGGUGCAGCUGACGAGGUUACUUGGCUUAUACCACACCAUGGACAAAAGUCAGAAAUUGAAUGUAGUCAGAGAAUUGAUGCUAAGGUACCAGCAUGGACUAGAAUUUGGGAAAUCCUGUUUGAAAACGGAAUUGCAGUUUUCAGACUAUUACUGUCUCCUUGCUGUCCAUGUGCUUAUUGAUAUAUGGAGAGAAACAGGUGACGAGACCGCUGUGUGGCAGGCCCUGACUUUGCUGGAGGAAGGAUUAACCCAUAGCCCUUCCAAUGCUCAAUUCAAAUUGCUGCUUGUUCGAAUCUACUGUACACUGGGUGCAUUUGAACCGGUGGUGGAUCUUUACUCCAGCCUUGAUGCUAAGCACAUACAGCAUGACACAAUUGGUUAUCUUUUGACCCGAUAUGCCGAAUCCUUAGGUCAGUAUGCUGCUGCAUCCCAAUCCUGUAACUUCGCACUCAGGUUUUUCCACUCCAACCAGAAAGAUACCUCAGAAUAUAUUAUUCAAGCUUACAAAUAUGGUGCAUUUGAGAAGAUCCCAGAGUUUAUCGCUUUUAGGAACAGGCUGAAUAAUUCUCUUCAUUUUGCACAAGUCCGUACUGAACGGAUGCUAUUAGACCUUCUACUUGAAGCAAAUAUAUCAACCAGCUUAGCAGAAAGUAUAAAAUCAAUGAAUCUUAGGCCAGAAGAAGAUGACAUUCCAUGGGAAGACUUGCGAGACAACAGAGACUUAAAUGUUUUCUUCAGCUGGGAUCCAAAAGACAGGGAUGUUUCUGAAGAACAUAAGAAACUUUCCUUGGAGGAGGAGACCAUGUGGUUAAGAAUCCGUUCCUUAACAUUGAGGCUGAUCAGUGGACUUCCGAGUCUUAACCACCCAGUGGAGCCAAAGAACUCGGAGAAAACCACCGAGAACGGCGUGUCCUCCCGGAUUGAUACUGUGCGUUUGCUCCUGCAACAUCUGGAGGUGGCCCUGGAUACAGGAAAGCGAUUUAUUGAGAAGCAAAUUCAGUAUCCUUUCCUGGGUCCUGUACCUACCAGAAUGGCUGGAUUCUUUAAUUCUGGCUGUUCUCAGUGCCAGACUAGCUCUUUCCAUCUUGUUAGUGAUAUUUAUGAGCUAGAUACCAAUGGUUUAGAGGAUACAACAGAGAUCCAGGAGCGAAUAGAGAAUAGUCUUAAGUCUUUACUAGAACAAUUAAAAGAUGUCUUCAGUAAAUGUAAAGGUGACCUCUUAGAAGUUAAAGAUGGUAGCUUGAAAACACAUCCUACUCUCUUAGAAAAUCUUGUCUUUUUUGUUGAGACUAUUUCUAUUAUUCUUUGGGUAUCCAGUUACUGUGAGAGUGUCCUGCGACCAUACAAAUUAAAUUUGCAGAAGAAGAAAAAGAAGAAAAAAGAAACCAGCAUCAUCAUGCCACCUGUCUUUACCAGUUUCCAAGACUAUGUUACUGGGCUUCAAACUUUAAUUUCCAAUGUUGUGGAUCAUAUUAAAGGGCUUGAAACACAUCUAAUUGCAUUUAAACUUGAAGAACUUAUUUUAGAAGACACUUCUUUCUCACCGGAAGAAAGAAAAUUUUCAAAGACUGUGCAAGGGAAGGUACAGAACAGUUAUCUGCACUCACUUCUGGAAAUUGGGGAGCUGCUGAAAAAAAGACUUGAGACCACAAAGAAGAUAAAAAUUUAAGGAAGUGUGAACCACAGGCAUUGAUGACUGCACAACAGAGAGUGACACCAUCUUUCCAGGCAAAAGCUACAUCUGGUUGACCAUCAUUUUAAUCCAGAACUUCCUCAUAAAAUGCAUGAAGGACUUUGAUUGUGAAUUAAUUUUUUUAGGUAUUAAUACAUACAGCUGAUUAAAUUAUUGUAUAUAAACCAGAAACAGGACCCUCAUGUGGGUUUUACCACUUUUUAUAAAUGUUCAUGUGCAUAUGUCAGCCACAAGAGAACCCCACUUUUCUUCUUCCCUCCCAUCACCAGAAACAUCUGGAGGCGGGGGACCCUAUAAAAGCAGCAAUAGAAGUUAAACAUAAAGCAUCAGCCUCAGAGCAGCUGGAUGGCCUUUCCAUUAUAGCAGUGGGAGUUUUGUCUGGCCUUCGAGUUUGAGGAAACAGAAAGCAGGAUGUAGAGGGGGACCAUGACUGGGAGUAGGCCCUCUUUCCAUAGGAACAGGUUAGUUUUGAAGCUUUCCUCAGCUGCUUGGCUUCCCCAGAGCCCAAGGCAGGCGCACAAAGGGCCUCAGGGUGAGAUUUGGCGUUAAGUACACUGUUUGAGGCCAUGGGCACCUGCUGCUGAAGACACCACCCAGACGACCACAGGCGCUCAUUUGUGGCUUGAUAGUCCUGGUAGCCAAGAUGUCCCCAUCCUAGUUCCUGUGAGAGUUAAAGCAGGGAUAGGGCAGCAAGACAGGCUUCUGUUAACUUACAGCUGUUCAGAGGAGAAAGCAGUGCACUUGUGAGCCUGUUGAGGACUAGCCUGCUGUCGUUUGUCCAUUUGGGAAAGAUGGGAAUCACUUCUUUAAAGAAGAGAGGUGUACGUAAUUUAUGCAGGCAAGUAUGAUACUGAUUUCAUUGGUUUCUUGAGCCAUAUACUGCAAUUGAUUUAUGAAUUAUAUAUGUAUGUGCAUAUACAUAUAUACGUGUGUGUGUGUGUAUAUGUGUGUAUAUAUACCCACACACUUAAAAAUUAAGAUUUAGUACUUUAGUGUUUUUAACUAAGGGGUUUGGGUAGGAAGGAGUGUGUAUUAUGGACUUAGGUUUUAAGUUUUGGGUUGGCAAAAGAAAUGUCAUCCUAUGGGUUUGAGGCUCAGUCUCCUUUCUUCAAAUUUGAGAAUUACACCAGGGUGGCGUUUACUUUGCUUAUUUAGAGGUCACAAGACUCUAGUUUCAGAGGUUGGUCUAAGAGAAAAAAUACAGAUUGCUCUUGAAAAUGUUACAUGAUUUAUACAGUUGCUUUCAUAACUUUUUUGUGUUUGAAUCCCCCCUUCCAUUUUUGGAUUUUGUUACCCAAAUUUUGGUUAAAGUAAUUCUGUAAGAGCAAAGAAAUGAAUUUGAUGAGGAAAUUCAAGCAUCUAAUGGAGGACUGGUCUUGAAGACCUUAGAAGUCCUUUCCCAACUCACUGCUCCAAUGAAAUGCAGUGUUUUCUUUUAAAAGCAGUCAGAAGAGAGCUUGAAAAUCUCUGCAUGCAAAGCAAUUGCAUUUUGUCCCCUCAUCUUGGCUUUCUUAGAUUCACAAUUUGAUAUGGUAAUUAAUAAUUGUUUAGACUUCCAAGGAAAUUUAAAAAAAAAUGUUCAAAAUAAGACUUGUUGGAAAUCUUGGUUCAACAAGUAAUUAAAACGAGUAGUUUUGCUGUUAACUGGUAGCCACAGCUGUCACAUACCC